AUGAGUGAAUCAAAGCCAAAUACACCCUUGAUUCCAGCAUCUUCGGCACGAAAGCUUCCUGAUUUCAAACAGUCUAUCAAGUUGAAAUAUGUGAAAUUGGGAUAUCAUUACCUCAUUACUCAUGGGAUGUACCUGUUUUUAUCCCCACUCAUCGUUGUUAUUGUGGCUCAGCUGUCUACCUUCUCACUCCAAGACCUCUAUGCUCUUUGGGACCAACUUAGAUUCAAUCUUGUAUCGGUGAUUCUAUGUUCAACCCUUCUGGUUUUCUUGUCAACUCUUUUUUUUCUUACUCGUCCUCGUCCAGUUUACCUUGUGAAUUUCUCCUGCUAUAAACCUGAUGAUGCUCGGAAAUGCACGAGGCAGAUUUUCGUGGAGAGAUCCCGGUUGACUGGAUCAUUCACUGAGGAAAACAUUCAGUUCCAAAGAAAAAUUCUUGAGAGGUCCGGUCUUGGUGAGUCAACUUACCUUCCUGAAGCUGUCCUUAGAGUACCUCCAAAUCCGUGUAUGGCAGAAGCUAGAAAAGAAGCCGAGGCUGUAAUGUUUGGUGCCAUUGAUGAGCUCUUUGCCAAAACUUCUGUAAAGCCAAAAGACAUUGGGAUUUUAGUGGUGAAUUGCAGCUUGUUUAAUCCCACCCCUUCUUUGUCUGCUAUGGUUGUUAAUCAUUACAAACUUCGAGGGAAUAUUGUUAGUUAUAACCUAGGUGGGAUGGGUUGUAGUGCUGGUUUGAUCUCAAUUGAUCUUGCUAAAGAUCUUCUUCAAGUCCAUCCCAAUUCAUAUGCCUUAGUAAUUAGCAUGGAAAACAUCACUUUGAAUUGGUAUUUUGGGAAUGAUAGAUCGAUGCUUGUUUCAAAUUGCUUAUUUCGGAUGGGAGGGGCUGCAAUUUUGCUUUCGAACAAGAGGUCUGAUCGACGACGAUCCAAGUAUCAGUUGGUCCACACUGUCAGAACCAAUAAAGGUUCAGACGAUAAAUGUUUUUCAUGUGUUACCCAAAUGGAGGAUUCCACUGGCAAGGUUGGAGUUUCUUUGUCGAAGGAUCUGAUGGCUGUUGCAGGGGAUGCUUUGAAGACUAAUAUCACUACAUUGGGCCCUCUUGUGCUGCCAAUGUCUGAACAGUUGCUCUUCUUUGCUACAUUGGUUGGGAAAAAACUGUUCAAGAUGAAGAUAAAGCCUUAUAUCCCAGAUUUCAAACUGGCGUUCGAGCAUUUCUGCAUUCAUGCUGGAGGAAGAGCUGUGUUGGAUGAACUGGAGAAAAACUUGCAGCUCUCGGAUUGGCAUAUGGAGCCUUCAAGGAUGACACUCUACCGAUUUGGCAACACUUCAAGCAGCUCUCUUUGGUACGAAUUGGCAUAUGCAGAAGCCAAGGGAAGGAUUAAGAGGGGAGACAGAACAUGGCAAAUAGCAUUUGGGUCUGGGUUCAAGUGCAACAGUGCAGUUUGGAAGGCUUUGAGGACUUUAAACCCUGCAAGGGAGAAGAACCCAUGGAUGAAUGAGAUUGAUCAGUUCCCAGUGGAAGUUCCGAAGGUCUCGGCCAUUUGA